AUGACCCUGGACACUGAUUUAAUGGAUGACCUCGUUGUCGACGUGGUUGGAGAGGGUGGCAAGGAGUCUGGAGAUGAACAUCUUUCGACCUCCGCUCUUUCUGCAUCCGACCAGGUACAUAAGAAGGAGGAUAAGGACCACGUCCCAUCUUCCAUAUGUCCCUCAAGCUCGAGCAAGAGCGCUUCGGUGAAACCGCCCUAUUCCUACAUCGCUUUGAUCACCAUGGCCAUCCUCCAGAGCCCAAAGAAGCGUCUCACCCUCAGCGAGAUAUGCGACUUCAUCAGCCACCGGUUCGUGUACUAUCGAGAAAAGUUCCCAGCCUGGCAGAACUCCAUCCGACACAACCUCUCCCUAAACGACUGCUUCGUGAAAAUGCCACGCGAGCCCGGUAAUCCCGGGAAAGGGAAUUACUGGACUCUGGAUCCCAAUUCAUCGGAUAUGUUUGAGAGCGGAAGUUUCCUGAGGAGAAGGAAGCGAUUUAAGCGGCAGCACUUCAAAUUUGGUGUGUUCAAAGAUCAGGCGCUGCAGCCGUGUGGCUUUCCGAACCUUGGCUACGGCGCGUAUGGGCUCAGCGCGUCCUGCGCUCGUUUACCGGGUCUGGAUAUCUACCCGUUUUGCUUCCAUCAACCCAUCGGUGUACCACCUGUUGGGAGCAUUUUACCGGCUCUGUCCACGCUUUUCUCGAGGAACUCUGUCACAGCCAAGUCUUUCCAACAGUCCCAAACAGUGGCCAUCGAGCCUGUCACCCCGGGUCUCGCCUGCGCAAUGGCCCCGACCUCUCCAUACGCGUCUUCAGCACUGUUCAAUCCAGUGGGCUUCCCUCGGGUCGUCAAUUUUCAGUGCGAGUACCAGAAGCUGCAAGAUGUGCACAGCCACGUGGAUUUGUCCACUAAACACAGACACCUAGCUUGUGUCAAUGACUAGCAGCGCAUAUUUUGACACGAAGCUAUUGUUUUUUUUCUCAGGAAUUAUUUCAUUUAUCCCGAGGUAUAACAGUGUGUACAGCAUCGCGUCGAAUGUUUGCGAACUUUUGAGAUUAGUUUUUGUCAGGAAUU